AUGUAUAUAGAAACUAGGUGGACAACUAUACAUAAAUGUAUUUCUUCAAUUAUGCAACUUAAAGCUUGUUUGGAAGAUGUUCAAGAAAAUUAUUCUGAAAUUAUCAAACCUGCUAUUUUGACAAUUCUUCGUAGCCAGGGCUGUUUUAGUAAUGUACAAUAUCUUUCAGAAGUUUUACUUCCAAUUAAGAAUGUGAUCUUGUUAGUUAAAACAAAUUGUUCUACACUUGCUGAUUGUUACAUUAAUUUAAUGAAAAUUGUUGCAGCAAUACAAAAUCUUCCUACUGAUGAGUAUAAAAGAUUUCAUAAUUAUUGUAUUAAAAAAUUUAAUAGUUGGUUUGAUGAAUUUAAUGAUCUUGCUUAUCAACUUGCAUAUUUCCUUCACUUAGCAUAUAAAGAUGUCAAAUUAAAAUUUAGUACAUUUUCUUUAAUUGCAAGUUAUGCUAGAAAGUUAUAG